AUCCAUUAACUAGUUAACUACCUAUGAGUUAGUUAGUUAACUGACGGCAGCUGACUGACUUUCUGUGGCGACCCUGGUGAAUCCUCCAGUUGAUCUUCUCAGCCUUGAUUUCCAUUUUCCAGGCCCGUGACGUCGAAGGCUCCCCCGUGAUCCUCCCCCAGGAAUUUCCAUCCUUGCAAACCUGUACAUGAUUCAAUUCUCUGCCGCGAUCGGAGAUGCUACAUUUUUUGGUCAACUUCCCUCCUCUUUCUUCUUGAAUUGCGACUCUGACCGGAUGACUUGACUGUGCUCUCCAAUCUGCCAUGUCACUUCUCCCCGAUCCCCCUCUAAUCUCGCCGACAUGGCAUGGCAAACCUAAACUCCCAGCCAACCAUUCUUCCCAUCGAGACUCCCUUGUCCAUGACCGUCGUUCCCGCCUGAAACUGAUCUCUGUGCCCUCGUUUUCCUCUGUUGUCAGGGAUUCCAUAACGUGGGCGGGGAGUGCAUGGUAUUCCAAAGAUGGCCACCUCAAGGAGGAACCGCGGGAUAUACACGCGACCACGGAGGAUCGUAGACAAGUGCUGUAUCUCAGAAUGCGAAAUGCUGUUUCCUACGAAGAAUGGAAAGAAUGCGCUUGUGAGUUAGACAGGCUAGAGAACAACAACACGUGGAAGGAAACGUUUGAGUGUUCCGAAUACAACCCCCGUCUGGUGGAGGGACGUCUCAAGCAGUUAGAAAUAGCGCGUCUUAGUUGCGAUGUUAGCCGCAUGUUAUACCUCGUUCGCACGGCCUUGAGUCGCGAUCUAGGAAACAUGAGCAACGCCUCUCUCUACAAGCAUACCCAUUUCGGCACCAAGGAUUUGGUCGACCGGUACAUAACGACCGCUGUUGAUACGAUUUCAUCGCUUGUCGAACUGUCCGGUGACAAUCGGUGUGAUGCUGCGGAAUCGAGAUACAUUCUGGAUCAAUUGCUGGCGGCAAGACAGGCCUUUGGACGCAGCGCCCUUCUCUUCUCGGGUGGGGCGACUUUUGGCAUGAACCAUAUUGGUGUUUUGAAGGCGCUUUGGAUGUCGAAACUGCUUCCUCGCAUUAUCUCCGGAGCUUCGGCAGGUAGUAUUGUUUGUGCUGUGUUUUGCACUCGCACCGAGGACGAACUCCCUGCACUUUUGGCGUCGUUCCCUUACGGCAACUUUUCUGUGUUUGAUGAGCAGGAUCGGGCGGAGAAUAUCUUGCAAAAGACAGCUCGCUUCCUCAAAUACGGUGCCUUCUUGGAUAUUUCCAAUCUGGCCAAAGUGAUGCGGAGUUGGCUGGGAGAUAUAACCUUCCAGGAGGCGUAUAACCGGACCCGGAGGAUCCUCAACAUCUGUGUCUCUAGCGCUGGGGUAUACGAACUCCCUCGCCUCUUGAACUAUAUUACCGCCCCGAACGUCCUGAUUUGGUCUGCUGUCGCCGUCUCGUGCUCUGUCCCGAUUGUAUUCUCUCCAUUCACUCUCAUGGCGAAAGAUCCCCUGACAGGAGAUCCGGUUCCGUGGAAUGACCUCCACAAACAAUACAUUGAUGGCUCUGUAGACGGAGACCUUCCAAUGAAUCGACUCGCGGAAAUGUUCAACGUCAACCAUUUUAUUGUCUCCCAAGUGAACCCACAUGUUGUCCCGUUCCUCCCUAAGGAUGAGGAACCGAAGAGCGUGGCUACGCCGACUUCAUCCACCUCCCGAUUGUUCUAUACCGUCACGCGUCUGGCGAAAGAUGAAAUCUUGCACCGGAUGGCCGUGCUCACAGAGCUCGGCAUGUUUCCCACUUCAUUGACCAAGGCGAUCUCGAUCAUGAACCAAAAGUAUUCCGGAGAUAUUAAUAUUUACCCAGAGAUCCUGUAUACGCAUUUCCCGCGCAUUUUGAAGAAUCCGACGACCGACUUUAUGCUCAAAGCAUGUCUCAGCGGAGAACGAGCGACAUGGCCGAAGCUUGCGCGCAUCAGAAACCACUGUGCUAUUGAGUUGGCCUUGGAUUCGGCGAUUCAAAAAAUGCGGGCACGGGUGGCCUUCUGUCACACUCAAGUGGACCUCAUGUCAAGCGCCUUUAUACACCAUUCGAUCCCGUCGCUGGACAGUAGUGGAGGCCGCGGGCGCAGGCGGAGGAGCUCCUAUAGUCAUGAAGUCGAAAGGCGACGGCGUGCCAGGAGUAAAUCCGGUCGCCCAAGCGCGGUAAAAGUAGGGAGAUCCCUCUCUCAUAGUUUUGAGUCAACGAACACUACAAAGGCUAGCCUUGUGGGGAUUGAGGGUCUAGAUUGGAGUCCGGUUCGUUAUCAGAGCAGCAGUUUGGAGGACGACGGACAGUCAGCGCCUCUGUCUGGAAGCGAAGGAGAGACAGAACCGCUAUCCUCGGAGAAAUCCCUCGCUAUGGAGAGCCUGGCUAAUAUUCUUUCGUCUACCCCCGCACAACCUUUCUUCUCACCCGACCCAGAAUGCAGCCCACAGUCUUCCACAGUGUCAUCCUCGUCAGCAUCCUCGCCAUCUCCAACUCCUCGUCCGUCUGUCCGUGCUUCGCACUCUCCGUCGCCGGGGAGACGUACGUCGUUACCCCUGAGGUCGACGUCUCCACCCCGAUUCUUGCUUCGAAUGACACCGGCGAAAUCUGCGACAGCCCCCGCUGUUUCUGAGCUUACCUCUCCUGGGGUGUAUAAUUAAACUUUUGCAACCGAGUGUAGGAUGACCAUUCUUGAUUUUCUGGGUUGCUCUCUCUGGCUUUUGAUCUUUGCUUGGAGACGAACCAUUCUAUGAGACAUGGGGUGUUGGCGCUUCUUAAGUCCUAUGAUAUGAUUCAUGAGGCAUGUUAUAUGAUACACGAACUGUUUGUUUCUAUAAUUGAUACCCUUGGGACGGGGUCACCGAUAUGGGAGUUUGGCGUUGAGGAAGGGGGUAGUCGGACGGGGACG